UAGCAGACGAACCCGUGAAUGGAGAUAUGACUGAGUAAUAACGUCUUAUUACAUGUGCACGAUUAAGUUAUUACAAACGUAAAGUGAUGGAGGACGGAAACAGGACUGAUGCUGCCUCCACAUCCAAGAGCCACGCAGGCUCACUCCACCUGCAGACUCCAAAAAAUGAGGAUGCCUAUGAAAUUGCCAUCCCCUAUGAAGAGAACAACUUUGAGCAGCAAGGGUUUUUCAACCAGAGUGAUCAAAAUUUUGAAGAGUCACCCCCAUCCGCUGGCCCCUCUCCAGUCAACAACUCAUACAUGGUGAUCACCAACCUGCGGACCCAGCUGCAGAUCUCUCUGGAGAAAAACUCCUGGCUGCAGAAAAGAAUUGAAGACUUGGAAGAGGAGAGGGACUUUCUUCGUUGCCAGCUGGACCGCUUCAUCUUUUCCACAAAGAGCCAGGGACAGGAGCAGAGUCAGAGCCAGUACAGUAACGGUUAUGAAUCUAGACGAUUUAACUGGAGGGCAAGAAGAGAGGAAAAUCGGCCUGCUGAGCAACAGAAGACGGACUCACAGCAUUUCACCUCACGUCCGUUUAUCCAACGAAGGCCUGGUCCUCCAACCAUAGUGCCUUCCAAAAACCAUGUCUCCAGUCCACUUACCAAUCAACUUGCCUCUAUUAAUGCUUUGUUCAACUCUACACAGUCCCAGGCCCUCUUGCAAGGCCAUAGCCACAGUACUCCCAGUACCACAGCUAGUGGCAGCAGCUGCAACAGCAGCAGUGCUACAAGGUCAUCCAUAAAUGACAUGAGUGGACAUAGCAACGUAGGUCCAGAUUCGCUUUCACUCUUGGGAGAAUCUGAUGAGUACUUGGAACAGGACGUUUACCUGGACGAGGAGGAAAUGAUAUCAGGGGAAGAUGUUAUGUCAGAUACCAUUAACGGCAACAGACACCAAUUAAAGAGAAGACGGGUCUUCCGCCCCCCUAGAGAGCGACAGAGAGUGAAAGAUGCUGCUGGAGUGCUGUUUCGCUACAAGAAGAUCUUACUUACAUACCAGCGUCUGAAAAAUAUGUCCAAGGCCUUCCAGAUCCAUGGUGUGGACCGCAACACGGUGGCUUCUACCACACCCAUUGCUGAGCUACUACUAGUGGCCCCAGAGAAGGUGGCAGAGGUGGGUGAGUUUGACCCAUCCAAGGAGAAGCUGCUGGACUAUGCCCGGCGCUGCUACACUGCCCUGGAUGAGGAGACACUCAGUAGGGUGCAGGCCUUGAAGAAGAAUAAUUUGCUCCUGCCUAUCUCCUACAGGUUCAGACACUGAGGGGAAAAAGACAGAGGAAAUGUGAAGUGUCUCUGGAAAACAGUGGAGUUGGUGGUUAAGUGAGGACAGCAGAGGCAGUUGGGUUCUGCUGCAGCAAGCCAGCUCACCCCUGAGGCUCAGAGAUGUCCAGAAGCAUGAGGAAUUAUUUUGCUAUCUCAGAAUCCUGGAUAUGGCCAUGUGAACUGUAAACUGCAGCUGACAUCCUUUGCUUUUCAAACAAAAGAACUUUCCACAUCUCACUUUUAUUAUCAAUAUGAUUGUACAGGAAUGUCCGUUUCUGGCAUGUCUGUGUGAUUCAGAAUUUGUGAACGAGAAUAUGUCUUUACUGUUAUAGAGGGUAUUGCUUUUCUUUAGUACUUAAAUGAGUGUUAAUCAACUUAGCUCAUUCAUGUUUCAGACCUGAGGUUUGGAGAGACACACAGACCUUUUGUUUCUUGAACAUCUGGAUCAGUUCGAGGCCAGUAGUUUAUUAAUUGAUUGUCUAGAUCAGUCUGUUCCUGACAGUCUAAAUGAUUUAUUAACAGCAUUUUUUAUCACUUUUUUCAUGCAAUUUUGACACAAUCAUAAAAAUAUAGUAGUUUUCAAUCAUAAUGUCUCUGUAUGUUAAAAUUAUGAUGCACCCCAUAGAUUUUGUAGAAGUACGCCAUGAUUUUAUGAAAUAAUCAUUUACUUUUGUUUAUAUUGUUCUGUGUGUCUUUGUUUUAGUGUUUGAUACUGCCAUUAUAUCCUCAACCAAUUUUACUUGCCUUAAUGCAAUUUUGUGAUUUCCUCACAAGACAUUUAGGUCACUCCCUGAACACCCACUGAAUUAGAAUCUUGGGAGUCAGUUUGCGUUCUCUUCUCUUUUCCAUUUAUUCUGGCUAAAGAGAAGGAAACAGAGGUGAUCAUGAACUGACUAUAGUCCAACAUUAUGUGGCAAAUUCAGUUUUAACAGUAACUUCUGGCAACAAGAGCCACUUGUUUUUAGUUAACAAUCAUAUACACAAAUAUGUUCGUGACAUUGUGUUUGACUCAUAAUAAUAACACAUGUUGGUCUUGGGCCCAGUUUUAACAAUACUGUUUUAUUUUGCAUUAAUCUGUUGUACCCACAAAGGGUUUACCAACCCCUUUUUGUAAAUGAUCUGCACUAAAAUACAGUAAAUGUAACUACUUAUAGUUCUGGUAUUGAGGCUGUUGUAAUGCUUUUGUGACAACAAUACCUUUUGUAAAAUACAGUACAAAGCAUUUACUAUACUAGCUAUUUGUAACAUUGUGUAAAGUUUGGUUCUGUGUGAAAAAUUGUGGACAUUAAUCACAACAGUUUUGCAGUGUGAGUUACAGCAUCAGCGAAAGCAGCUAGUUUGUAGAGAUCUUGUCAAAAUAUGAAAUUUUCAAAGAAGCAGCCAGGUUGACUGUAUUGUAUGACAAUGUGUGAUGUUUAUACAAGUACAGUGACAUGAUAAGAUCUCUUGGAAUUAAACAGAUUAGCUUACAGUGAAAUACAGGGACUCUUGGCUUAAAUUUUCAUAUCUCAAUUAUCCCUGUCCUAAAACAAAAGAGAGAUAGGUACUUAAAUCAGUGGAAGUUAUGCGUUUUUCACUGUCUGAUUGUUUGUAUGGAUAUAAAGCAAGCAGUGUAAGGUGCAGUGCAAACUUGCUAAAUCAUACCAGGGUGCAUAUAAUACAGUAAUUUGUUCUCAUUUUUAUGUCUCACAUUUAUGUGUACUGAGUGAAAUGUGUAUCUCACUGAAACAAAGCCUAUCAUUCACCAAAUGUAUAGUAAGACUCAAAUGUCAUUAAGGCAUUUGAUUUCUCACAAAAUUGAGAUUUAUUAAUCCGUAAAGUCCAACAUUAAAGAAAUGAUUAUCAUUGGGGACUUCAA